AUGGUGUCUCAUAUUCUACUUAUCAUUGUUGCUUUUGCUGUUUUUAUCACCCAGAUUGUACUAAGUAGACUGUCAGAUUCACUGCUCACGCUUGCGGACUCGGCACAUACGCUGUCUCUUAUAAUUGCUCUGUGCCCAAACAUCAUCCUUUCCUACUUGUCCUCUUUGUCCUCCCAUGCUAAGGCCCGUCUUCCCACACUGUUCUCCCUCCUGUCACCUCUCCUGCUCUCCUCCCUGUGUCUGGCUCUCACUUUAGGCUCCCUGGGACAUCUGGUACAUCCUCAUCACUCUCAUCGCCCAGCUCUCAUCUUUGUGGCUGGGGUGCUGGGUCUGCUCUUCAAUGUGACCUAUCUGGCCGUAACAGGAGCUCUGCAAGGUCUGUGUCUAUCAACAUUACAUCAACAGCAACAACCAAGAUGGCGGCUAGUGCUGUGCCUGUUGUGUUGUCUGGCUCCUUCUUCCCUCCUCCUGGCCAGCAGUUUGCUUCUCCACCUGUUCACUCACCCCACUGUGCACUACUUGGAUCCAGCUCUCUCCUUGGCUUCCAUAGCAAUCAUGGUGGCUUCGGUUUACUCAGACAUAGUUCACAAUGGCCGUGUCCUUCUUCAAGCCACACCUGCCUCUGCUAAUAUACAAAGUCUUAAGAUGGAUUUGAAUGCCCUCUGUGGCCAUAACGGACAUCAUGAACUUCAUAUGUGGGCCCUUUCCGGUGAUCAUGGGGUGGCAUCUCUCCAUGUUCACUGUCCUGGAGUGGAGGCGUACAAGACUAUUUUAAGCCAAGCCAGAGUUCUGUUUAAGCGCCAUGGCAUAAGGGAGCUGACGGUACAACCAGAAUUUGGAAUGCCAGGCACAUGUUCCUUGGCCUGUGGACCUGUCUGCACCCAUUACUCCUGUUGUGACCCCACCCUUUCUACGAGCAAUGAUUUAGUCCUGGCCAAUGUGUGUGCAUGA